AUGAACACCACGCCAUCGGUAGUUAUAAUAAACUGGGAUGAACACCACGCCAUCGCCACCAAACUCAAACGCCAACUGGAGGCUGACUCAGGCCGUCAGCAGACUGAGCUAGAGGAGCUGCAGCAGAGGGUGACUAGUCUACAGACAGAGAAGAACAGUCUGCUGUUAGACAAAACCAACCUUACUGCUGACAUCAAGAGUCUGGAGGCUGACCUGGAGGUGUCCCGACAUGCUAACAGGAAGGCCCAGAGGCGUAUAGGCCUGUUGAAGCAACAAGUUGAUGACUCUAUAGAGAAGGAGAUGAGAGCCCAUCACUACCUGUCCUCUAUCGUAGCUCUGGCUGAGAAGACCACACAGGAGAGAGACCAGCUAGUAUACAUGGCCUCGUCCCUAGAGCACGACAAGCAGGGGGUGAUCAGCAGGAUUGUGGAGGACACCGUGCGGCUCGGAAAGCUUCAAGAGAAGGUCAAGGUGUACAAGAAGCAGGCAGCCUGCAGCCUGGGGGUUCUGGGCCAGAGGCUGGUGGAGCAGGAGGAGGACUUUGCAGGGAGGGCAGCCUCCUACCAGACAGAAAUACAGCACCUCCAGAGGCUUCUACGAGACAAACAGCACGACCUGGACGGAGUGCUGCAGCAGAAAAGAGAGGUGGAAGGUGAGUUGGAGGUGGUGUGGGAGGCAGCAACCAGAGAGAACCAAAGAAUUAGGGAGACCCUCCAGGACUCCAGCCCAUCUCUCCCCUCCCUCAGCCCAGCCAGAGUGCACCAUGGCAGGGGUCUGAGCGAUGGACCCUCCCCCAGCUGGCUCUCCCACCCCCAGGAUGAGGUGUUCUACCCCCGUCCGCACCCUGACAGCUCUGGCCCUCCUCCCUGCAUCUCCUCUCCCCAGAGCGGCGGCCGGCCCAGCCUCCACCACAGCCCUAUGUUCGAGUCUGACUCGGACCAGCACCAGAACCCCUCCUCAGAUGAGAGCGAGAAGAACGGCAUGGACUUCUAUUCUUAGUGUCCUUUUUUGUAUUGGUCUUACAGAAGACAAGUAGCCUGGUCCCAGGUCUGUAUUAGUAGCCUGUUUUAGUAGCCUGUUUUAGUAGCCUGUUUUAGUAGCCUGGUCCCAGGUCUGUUUUAGUAGCCUGGUCCCAGGUCUGUUUUAGUAGCCUGGUCCCAGGUCUGUUUUAGUAGCCUGGUCCCAGGUCUGUUUUAGUAGCCUGUUUUAGUAGCCUGGUCCCAGGUCUGUUUUAGUAGCCUGGUCCCAGGCCUGUUUUAGUAGCCUGGUCCCAGGUCUGUUUUAGUAGCCUGGUCCCAGGUCUGUUUUAGUAGCCUGUUUUAGUAGCCUGGUCCCAGGUCUGUUUUAGUAGCCUGGUCCCAGGCCUGUUUUAAUAGCCUGGUCCCAGAUCUGUUUCUGCUCUUGCUAACUCCAUUGUUCAUUGUCAAGCCAAACAUGACAUAAAGAGUUGGCAGGAGAGUAGAACCACCCUGACACCAGGCUAGAAGACCAGGUCUGUAUUGGUCAGACUAGAACCACCCUGACACCAGGCUAGAAGACCAGGUCUGUAUUGGUCAGACUAGAACCACCCUGACACCAGGUCUGUAUUGGUCAGACUAGAACCACCCUGACACCAGGCUAUAAGACCAGGUCUGUAUUGGUCAGACUAGAACCACCCUGACACCAGGCUAGAAGAACAGGUCUGUAUUGGUCAGACUAGAACCACCCUGACACCAGGUCUGUUUUAGUCAGACUAGAACCAUCCCUGAGACCAGGUCUGUAUUGGUCAGACUAGAAUCACCCUGACACCAGACUAGAAGAACAGGUCUGUAUUGGUCAGACUAGAACCACCCUGACACCAGAUCUGUAUUGGUCAGACUAGAAUCACCCUGACACCAGACUAGAAGACCAGGUCUGUAUUGGUCAGACUAGAACCACCCUGACACCAGACUAGAAGACCAGGUCUGUAUUGGUCAGACUAGAACAACCAUGACACCAGGUCUGUAUUGGUCAGACUAGAACCACCCUGACACCAGACUAGAAGACCAGGUCUGUAUUGGUCAGACUAGAACAACCAUGACACCAGGUCUGUAUUGGUCAGACUAGAACCACCCUGACACCAGGUCUGUAUUGGUCAGACUAGAACCACCCUGAUACCAGGUCUGUAUUGGUCAGACUAGAACCACCCUGACACCAGGCUAGAAGACUAGGUAUGUUUUGGUUAGGCUAGAACCACCCUGACACCAGGCUAGAAGACCAGGUCUGUUUUGGUCAGACUAGAACCACCCUGACACCAGGCUAGAAGACCAGGUCUGUUUUGGUCAGACUAGAACCACCCUGACACCAGGUCUGUAUUGGUCAGAUUAGAACCACCCUGAUACCAGGUCUGUAUUGGUCAGACUAGAACCACCCUUACACCAGGCUAGAAGACCAGGUCUGUUUUAGUCAGACUAGAACCACCUUGACACCAGGUCUGUAUUGGUCAGACUAGAACCACCCUGACACCAGGUCUGUAUUGGUCAGACUAGAACCACCCUGACACCAGGCUAGAAGACCAGGUCUGUUUUAGUCAGACUAGAACCACCCUGCCACAAGGUCUGUAUUGGUCAGACUAGAACCACCCUGACACCAGGCUAGAAGACCAGGUCUGUUUUAGUCAGACUAGAACCACCCUGACACAAGGUCUGUAUUGGUCAGGCUAGAACCACCCUGACACCAGGCUAGAAGACCAGGUCUGUUUUAGUCAGACUAGAACCACCCUGACACAAGGUCUGUAUUGGUCAGGCUAGAACCACCCUGACACCAGGCUAGAAGACCAGGUCUGUAUUGGUCAGACUAGAACCACCUUUACACCAGGCUAGAAGACCAGGUCUGUAUUGGUCAGACUAGAACCAUCCUGACACCAGGUCUGUAUUGGUCAGACUAGAACCACCCUGACACCAGGUCUGUAUUGGUCAGGCUAGAACCACCCUGACACAAGGUCUGUAUUGGUCAGGCUAGAACCACCCUGACACCAGACUAGAACCACCCUGACACCAGGCUAGAACCACCCUGACACCAGGCUAGAACCACCCUGACACCAGACUAGAACCACCCUGACACCAGGUCUGUUUUGGUCAGACUAGAACCACCCUGACACCAGGCUAGAACCACCCUGACACCAGGUCUGUUUUGGUCAGACUAGAACCACCCUGACACCAGGUCUGUUUUGGUCAGACUAGAACCACCCUGACACCAGACUAGAACCACCCUGACACCAGACUAGAACCACCCUGACACCAGGUCUGUUUUGGUCAGACUAGAACCACCCUGACACCAGGCUAGAACCACCCUGACACCAGGUCUGUAUUGGUCAGACUAGAACCACCCUGACACCAGGUCUGUUUUGGUCAGACUGGUCAAACAUUUCCCAAGGCAUUAAUGAACUUGAUUUCCACAGUUAAAAACGAAGUAGUUUAUUUACAAAAGCUCUAUUUUGAAUGUUGCAUUGAUCUUUGUGUCAUUGAUUAGAUUUGAUACAUAUGACUGACUAUGUGUCUCAAUCAAACUGUUUUACUGUGCGUCUAUUCGCCAAUUUAGCUUUAAAAACAUUCUAUUGAAAUAACAAUCAACUUCAUUUGUGUCACAGUAAUGAUUGUAUGUCACAAUCUAGCUCUUUACAAAUAAAGGUGUUUUCUUCUGUUCA